CCAAUUGUAGUCCACGGACUGUAGUAAGUUAUAUACGAGUGAGGUCUAUAACUUGUCGUUACAUAGAAUAUUAUCACCAAUGUUUGGUCUUGGCUGUUAAUUAUUUGUACUUUUGGAUUUGUUUUAACCAUUUUACAACAUCUGUCGUUAUCUGUCGGUCUAAAUUGUAAUGUAUUACUGCUGUUUUGCAAACUACACAUAUAACUCGGAUAAUUAGCCUCUGGAAGCCUAGUUAAUCGAGGAAUGGUUAUGUUCUUAGUCAUUCAAAAAUGCCAAACGAUGCCCGUUUCAAAGACAGGCUAGUUACUCCCUUUGAAGUCAUCGUCUCUAGAAACUUAAUAGAGAGCGACCUUAGUCUGUUGCUAACAGAAAGUCUGAACGCCAGAAACUGUCAGCGCAAUGCAACCAAAUCAUUCGUUACUCCACCUCAUUUGAAGGCAGGUAAAGGUGCCGACUCGUGGGCUCUCUUGGGCUCCAUUCAUGGCCUACAUCCUCCCACAUCAUGAAACACGCAGAAUUGUUGCACCCUUUUUCAUCAUGGAGAAAAUGAAUUGACUGAAAUAUGUUAGCCGCGUCAGAUCCUAGGAGACCCAAUAAACUUCGAAGAUUCGUCCCAUUAUCACAGGAUGCCCCUCCACUAGACCAAACUAUAGACUAUCUUAAUUUUUUCGGAAUAGUCUUAAGCAUGUGUGGACUGUUGUUUGAAAUGAAGUUUGCUGCUUGGUUGGCCGUUGUUUGUGCUUUCAUAACGUAUGCCAACUCAAGAACUGGGGAAGAUACAAAACAGCUGAUCAGUGGCUUCAUGUUGUCUAUCAGCGCACUUAUAAUAUUCAAUAAGCGUGUUAUAUAUGUUGGGGGACUAUCAGAGCAAGUUGAUGUACCUCUUGUUCGUGCGGCGUUUAUCCCUUUUGGAGACAUAGUUAGUAUUAAUAUGCCCAUGGACUAUCAAACUGAAAAACACAGAGGUUUCGCUUUUGUUGAAUUCGAAGAAGUUGAAGAUGCCAUGAGUGCCAUUGAUAAUAUGAAUGAAAGUGAAAUAUUCGGGCGUACCAUCCGUGUUAAUGUGGCAAGACCAGUACGCAUACGGGAGGGUUGGAGUCGACCUGUCUGGUCGGACGAGAAUUGGUUAAAGAAAUAUGGCAGUGCUCCAUUAGAAGGACGAAAACUGGAUGAACCUGAUAUCGUCAACCCAUCAGAUUCUGCAGAAAAUGUUGAAGACUUGAGUGACGAAGAAAUGCGAACCAAAAAACAAAAACGAAAUCUUCCUCGGGUAUUCUUCGAUAUUCGAAUUGGAAACGGAGAUGCUGGUCGUAUAGUGAUGGAGCUUCGGUCAGAUAUUGUCCCGAGAACUGCUGAGAACUUCCGUGCCUUGUGUACAGGAGAACGUGGAUUCGGUUAUCACAAUUGUUGUUUCCAUCGAGUUAUACCACAGUUCAUGUGUCAAGGAGGCGAUUUUGUAAAAGGGGAUGGGACCGGUGGCAAAUCAAUAUAUGGACGUAAAUUCGAUGAUGAAAACUUCCAACUCCGACAUGAAGGGUUCGGUGUUCUUUCCAUGGCGAAUUCUGGACCAAAUACAAAUGGAUCUCAGUUCUUCAUUUGCACAACAAAAUGCGAUUGGCUUGAUGGCAAACAUGUUGUUUUUGGUCGAGUAGUGGAUGGACAAAAUGUCGUAAAAAAGAUGGAGUCCGUUGGAUCGAAAUCUGGUAAGGUCAAAGAACCCGUUAUUAUUUCUCGGUGUGGAGAAUUAAUUUAA